AUGGGGUCGGACUGGGAGUUACAGGAUUCUGACGCUGCUUCAGCCAGUGCUGACGAGGAUGACGAUGAUCUGGAAAUUACCCACGUGCUCGAGAGAAAGGCUCCCGCUAUCUCCGGUAGGUUCCCCCGUCCGCCGCGCGAAGUAUCGGAGUGCUACUUACUGACAGCUAUUCCAGACUCGCGGCAAAGAUUUCAAUAUAACAAUGGACGCGAUAAUCAAGAUUCACCAAGCGAUCAUGGACAUAAAAGGCGGCGAACGCAUUCAGACGAGGAAGGAAACCGAACCACGAUCGUCGUGUCCGAACACGACAACAACGAGGACGAUGACGAUGACGACUUCAACGACGGCGAGGCUGCUUACAAGCAGUUUAAAAACAGGAAAAGUCUCAAACGCAAACGUUCCUCGCUAGGCGGGCGCAAGAGCAAGGCAAAAGUGGUUGCGGAGGACUCCAUCGUUGGCAGGGUUCCAAAAGAUCGACAGAUUUAUCGACCAAGGCGUCAGAUGAGGGAGUAUGACGAGGAAGUCUCAUCGGAGGAUGAGUUGAUGGAACACACGCUGCCGGAUUUCUUGCAGAAGCGACGGGCCGAAUUUGACAGGAGGCUGGAGCGUCUCAAGCAGGCUGGGUUGAGGCUACCGCCGGAUUACGACGACAUCGAGUUUUCGGAUGACGAAAGGCUGGAGUUCCUGAAGGAGAAGCCGGAUUUCAAAGAUCUGAAGCCGUCUGGAAAGUACGAGGAUAUCCAGCUUCCCUACUCUCUGGGAUUGAUACCCGCGCCUAUCGCUCAGUGGCUGCGGGAAUACCAGGUUGAAGGCGCUGCUUUUCUACAUGAGUUGUUUGUUUACCAAAAAGGUGGCAUCUUGGGCGAUGAUAUGGGUCUGGGAAAGACGGUUCAGGUUAUCGCCUUUCUCACCGCGGCUUAUGGCAAGACUGGCGACGAGAGAGACGCGAAAAGAAUGCGAAAGAUAAGACGAAGCAGGGAUAAUCGCUGGUAUCCCCGGACUCUGAUUGUCUGUCCAGGAACGCUGAUCGAGAACUGGAAAUCUGAGUUCCACCGAUGGGGUUGGUGGCAUAUUGGAGUCUUCCACGGUGACAGGAAGGAAGAAGCUCUCCAAGCUGCCAAGACCGGUAGGCUGGAGAUAUUGAUCACGACAUACACCACAUAUCGCAUGAACAAGGAUUCGAUCAAUAUGGUUGAGUGGGACUGCGUGGUGGCCGACGAGUGCCACCUAAUCAAAGAACGGAAAUCGGAGACUACCAUCGCGAUGAAUGAGGUUAACGCUCUCUGCAGAAUUGGGCUGACCGGGACAGCCAUCCAAAACAAGUACGAGGAACUGUGGACGCUCCUGAAUUGGACCAACCCAGGAAAGCUGGGUCCUGUCACAGCUUGGAAGAGAGCGAUUUCCGAGCCCUUGAAGAUAGGGCAGUCCCAUGAUGCCACAGUUUACCAGCUCAGCAAGGCCAGGAAGACAGCUAAGAAGCUUGUUCAGAACCUGUUACCAGCCUUCUUUCUCCGACGCAUGAAGACUCUGAUAGCAGACCAACUGCCCAAGAAGAGUGAUCGAGUUGUCUUUUGUCCGCUCACAGAGACCCAAGCGGAUGCCUAUGAGAAUUUCUUGGACAGUGAUAUUGUGCAGUACAUCAAAACUGCCUCUGAAAUCUGUGAUUGUGGCUCAGGGAAGAAAGCUGGUUGGUGCUGCCGGAUGUUCUUGCCUUCCGGUGAAAAAUGGCAGAGCUGGGUGUUUCCGGCCAUCGCGAAUCUUCAGAAGCUUAGCAACCACCUUGCAAUCCUGAUUCCGCAAGGAAUAGAUCCCAAGGAGAAACAGGAAAAGGACUUGGAAAUGCUUCAGAUCGCAGUGCCCGAUCGCUGGCGUGAACUCUACCGUUCUCGAGACUCGAUCAUCAACUAUGCGAAUCCGGAAUUCUGUGGAAAGUGGAAAGUUCUGCGAAAGCUCCUCAAGUGGUGGCAUGCGAACGGCGACAAAGUCCUCGUGUUCUCGCACAGUGUUAGGCUUCUCAAGAUGCUGCAGAUGUUGUUUAACCACACGAGCUACAACGUCAGCUACCUGGAUGGCACAAUGUCCUACGAGGAUAGAGCCAAGGUCGUUGACGAUUUCAACUCGGAUCCCAAACAGUUUGUUUUCCUCAUAUCUACCCGUGCUGGAGGCGUAGGUUUGAACAUCACGUCCGCGAACAAAGUUGUCGUGGUCGACCCGAAUUGGAACCCGUCUCAUGACCUGCAGGCCCAGGAUCGAGCUUACCGAAUCGGCCAGCAGAGAGACGUUGAAGUUUUCCGGCUGAUAUCAGCCGGGACAAUCGAGGAGAUCGUCUAUGCACGUCAGAUAUACAAGCAACAGCAAGCCAAUAUCGGGUACACCGCAAGUUCCGAGCGGAGGUAUUUCAAGGGCGUUCAAGAAAAGAAAGACCAGAAGGGCGAAAUCUUUGGAUUGACCAACUUGUUCGAGUACCAAAACAACAACAUCGUGCUGAGGGACAUCGUGCACAAGACCAACAUUGCCGAGAGCAAGGCUGGAGUUCAGGUGAUUGGAAUCGAUCUGGACCAGGAGGAUGUCAAUGAAGGCGAGUUCCCCCUUCCUUCAGCGGACGACGAGGACGAAGAUGGGACAAUGAGCCAGCUUGCCGCAAUGAUCCGAGGGGAAACAGACGGCUCUUCGACACUGGGGAACAAGACAGCAGGGAUCACUCCGAAAAAGCACGAUCCCAUCCAAGCCAUUCUAGCCGGUGCAGGAGUGGAAUACAGCCACUUAAACAACGAAGUAAUCGGCCCCUCGAAAAUGGAAGAACGCCUCAGCCGGCGCGCAGAACUUGCAGGGGACGCACUAGGCGAGAUGCAGGUCUUCGGCAGCUCACAAGACAAUGACAACCUGAUCAUCCGCAAGGAUGGCCGCCCAGUCAAAUUCAAGUACCAUCCGCCUCCGGACGUGAUGAAGCGGCAGUUCUGCAGCAUGGCGAGGCGGUUUGGGUUUCCGAACGCGACGGAAUUCGCCCUCGUCGUGGAGAGCAUGACACAGGCUCAGAGACGGGCCUGUCUCGAGAAGUGGUAUAGAGAGAGGAGGGAGAUACUGUUGAAAAAGGGUGAUUAG